AUGUUGCUAAAACGAUCUUUCGUUGCGGCAUUUAUGCUCCUACUCAUCGCUUUAGAGAGCGAAGCCCGGCGUGGACGAUCGCGAUCGAGAACUAAGUCUAAGGUGCAAAUUGGACUGCCCAUUACUGGUAAAUAUAGGGACCCUGAAUCAGAUCAGUACUACAAUAACAACGAUGGUGCAAAAAUUCUUCUCGCUUCGCACUUCGACCUGGAGUACGUAUUGGGUCACAAGAUUGCCUUCCUCUGCACUGCGAAAGGGACGCCACGACCGCACAUCACGUGGUUUAAGGAUGGCGUCGAAAUAUUUGCCCAUCACUACUUACACAUUCAUGAGUGGCUCAUAGAUGAAGAUCGUGUAAAAUCUAAGAUCGAAAUCGAUCCCGCUACCCAGAUGGACGCAGGCGUGUACGAGUGCACCGCCGACAACAUGUACUCUAUUGACAGACGCUCGUUCAAAACUGAUUUCUCUAUUGCAUUCGAU